AGGUUUUAUUCAUUAUUUGGUGGAACGUUUCGCGGACUCGGUAGAAAUUAUAAAACGUUCGGAAAUGCCUGCAGAAAAUUUGGAAGAAGAGGGACUUCAGAAGAAUCCGAAUUUGGAUUUGGCGCAGCUCAAGUUUCUAUUGAGUCUUCCUUCACACAAAGAUGACGAAGGGCUUAGAACAAGGUUGAUGGAUGCCAUCAAGUCCAACGAUAUGGCUCCAUUUUACAAAGAAGUUUGCACUGAUCUUGGAUGGCCUUUGGAUGAGGCCUUGUUAACGCAAAUGAAAGCCAAAAAUGCCGCUAAGCUGAAAGAACUUGACGAAGCUGCUGAGGACGCUGAAAAGAAUGCUGGUGAGACGGAAGUUCGCGACGCUUAUCAACUGAAGGCAGAAUAUCUCUGUCGAAUUGGAGCCAAGGAGGAGUCGCUUUCCGCAUUUCGUAAGGCGUUGGACAAGACGGUGGCACUUGGACACCGUCUUGACCUGAUUUUUCACCUCAUCCGGAUUGGAUUGUUUUACAUGGACCACAAACUUAUCGUGAAGAGCAUUGAAAAAGCCAAGAGUUUGAUCGAAGAAGGUGGGGACUGGGAUAGGAGAAACCGACUCAAAGUCUACGAAGGGUUGUACUCCUUAUCGGUGCGGAAGUUCAAACAAGCAGCGACGUUAUUUCUGGACACAGUCUCUACAUUCACCUCCUAUGAACUUAUGGACUAUUCGACGUUCGUGGUUUACACAGUAUACGUUACAAUGCUCACGUUGCCGAGGAACGAAAUGAGGGAAAAGGUUGUGCGAGGUGCUGAAAUCCUGGAAGUGUUGCAUAACCAAAGAGACGUGAAGGAAUUUCUCAUGUAUCUCUAUGAUUGCAACUACGGGAAAUUUUUCCUUCGUCUCGCUGAUGUUGAGACGAUCAUGAAGACCGAUAGAUUCUGGGCUCCUCAUUAUCGAUUCUAUGUGCGUGAAAUGAGGAUCUUGGCUUAUGCACAACUUCUGGAAUCUUAUCGUUCGCUUACUUUGGCGUACAUGGCAGAAUCCUUCGGCGUGACUGUGGAUUUUAUUGACCGGGAAUUGUCGAGGUUCAUCGCGGCUGGUCGUUUGCAUUGCAAAAUCGACCGAGUUGGAGGAAUUGUUGAGACGAAUCGCCCGGACUCGAAAAAUUGGCAGUAUCAGUCCACGAUCAAGCAAGGGGAUUUGUUGCUGAAUCGCAUCCAGAAACUUAGCCGCCUCGGAGCUGAGUUUCCGUCUAAAUCAUGCGUCGAUUGUAGUCUAAGUGACCAAAUUUUCCCUGGGUUUGACGAUUUGUUCGAAGAUAUGAAAAGUGUAAAAGGUAAAGCUAAAAGUUCAAAGCCGACGUCGAAGAAACCAUCCAACAAGAAAAUCCGUGUCAAAAAGAAUGCCUUGAAUUCUGCGGUUAGAAAAGUAUCCUCGGGACCGAAACCGUCCGCGGUCAGCAACCCGGCGUGUAGAGGGUGGUUUCUCAGACCGGUGAAAUCAUUCAAUCGGUUCAAGCCAAUUCCGGUGGAAGAACGAUCCGAGAGGUUGCUUAGUGUCAGUUGGCAGAAACUCAAGUCUGCCCGGUUUCGACAGUUGAACGAAUCUCUGUAUUCCGUUUCUGGCGAAGAAGCGCAAGAGCUUUUCCUGUCGGAUCCGAAUGCGUUCGAGGCAUAUCACGAAGGAUACAGGCAACAAGUUGCUGCUUGGCCAAUUAAUCCCCUUGAUAUCAUUAUCGAGCAAAUCAAGGAACUGCCGAGGCAUUCGAAGGUUGCCGAUCUUGGAUGCGGUGAAGGUAAACUCGCCUUGGCAGUUCCCCAAGAGGUUCAUUCGUAUGAUUUGGUUGCGUGUGCGGGUCAUGUUACCGCCUGUGAUAUCAAGAAAACUCCGUUGAAAGCCAAAGCAGUCGACGUUGCUGUAUUCUGUUUAUCCCUCAUGGGAACUAAUCUGAACGAUUUCGUCAUCGAGGCAAACCGGAUAUUGAAAGUCAAGGGACUGUUGAAGAUCGCGGACGUGGAUAGUAGAUUCAUAGGGGAAAACGAGAAGACGAGCGAAAAAGGAAUAAGCAGAUUCUGCAAGGCAUUGAGACAAUUUGGAUUUAAACUUCGGUCGAAGAACCUGGAGCACAAUGUCUUCGUUUUCCUCGAGUUCAGGAAGUCUUUCAACGUUCUAGUUGGUGACACGUUGAAGACCAAGAAACCUUUUCCGGAGUUGAGCUUGAAACCGCCUGGUUAUGUUUCAGUUUACCGGGCUGUCGACGGAUUGUCUCCUGCGCUGAAGCGAGAACUUGAGCGUAUGUGCUCAUCAGGAAACAAUGAGAAAUAUUCUCUGUGUCGUUCGGCGAUUCGUCCAAGUCUUGACGAGCUUCCCAUGAUUUUCGCGAUCACUCCGACGUAUUCGAGAUACGUUCAAAAGGCGGAAUUGACGAGUAGGCUGUGCCACACUUUCUUACAUGUGCCGCGGUUCCAUUGGAUAGUUGUUGAAGACGCCGAGGAAAAAACUUCGUUGGUGACUCGAUUCCUGCAGAAAUGCGGAGUGGCGUAUACUCAUUUGAAUGUACCCACCGAUCCGAGAUUCAAAACACCCGAAGCCGUCCGUGCUCGACUAAAACCUCCGCGAGGAGUGCGUCAAAGAAAUGCUGGACUUCAUUACCUUUCCGAGAAAUUCACUGUUGAGAAAUCGCCGGAUGGAGUUGUAUAUUUUGCCGACGACGAUAACACAUACGACCUUCGACUAUUUGAUGAGAUGAGAUCCAUAAAGGGAGUCGGUGUUUGGCCGGUUGCAUUAGUUGGUGGUCUUCUGGUGGAAAAACCUCUUGUUGGACUUGAUGGCAGGAUCAAAGGGUGGAAUUCCGUGUGGAAACCUGAAAGACCGUUCCCCGUGGAUAUGGCGGGAUUCGCAGUGAAUCUUCAACUGUUGUUGAAACAUCCUGAGCUUCGAUUCCGAGAUGACGUCGAGGUUGGUUACUUGGAAUCUUAUAUUCUGGAAACGCUGGAAAUUCCGUAUUGGGAUAUUGAAGUCAAAGCCAAUAACGCCACGGAGGUCUAUGUCUGGCAUACCAGGGCGGAAGAACCCAAGCUAAAAAUGGAGCAGAAGCUGAUGAAGCCUUCGAAUAGCGGCAUGGAAAUCUGA